AUGGCACGGAGCUUGGACGCUGCGUUUGAAGAGGCGCUGCGUGCGGGCGAGGCCGAGGAGGACGUGGGCGUGUUUGGCUCCCCAGGUACCGACCUGGUUUCUACGGCUGCUGUCCUUGCUGAGGCCCGGGCGGCUUCAGGGCGGAGCGCUGUGGAAGGAAGCGAGGACGAGGAAACGAGUGGAGAGGGUCAAGAAGAAGAGGGUGAUGCCAAGAUUGCGCAUGGGCAUGCGCUGCCGUACGCGCCGUCGCCGGCGCACUUUCAGGAUGAGGUGGCUCUGCGGCGCGAGGUCUCGCGGCUCAACGCGCUGCUCUACGCCAACGAGUUGACCUUCCAGCGGACGCUGAGCCAGAACGACAAGCUCCGUGAGCAACUCGCGCAGGCUGCGCGCGAGGUGACAGAGGCGCAGAGCGCGGCGGGCGCGGCCAAGGAGGAGCUGAUGCUGUUUCAGACCCGCAACGCGACGCCGCCCGGAGUGGCGCUGACCGAGCUACGCGGGCGGCAGCUACAGAUGGUGACCAUCGAGCGCGACCAGCUGCGGAUGCACGUGGCAGCGCGUGACGAGACUGUUUCUCAGCUCCGCAUGCAGGUUGGGCUCAUCCACGACGAGCGCAUGGACCAGAUUGUCGCCUUGGAGCGCGAGAUCGAGCGUCUUAACCAGUCGCUUGCGUCGGCGGCGGUGCUGGCCAAGUCGCGCGGUGCACGAGCCGACAAGCUUGCGGCCCAGCUUGCGACGCUCUCGCGCGAGGCCGACGAACGUGUGUACAACGCCGAACAGCGCGCAGCACUCGAGACUGCCAAGCUCCGCGAGCUUCGCUCAGAGGUCGAGGCUGAGUCGGCCCGCGCUGCGGCUGCUGAAGCACGGGCUGAAACGUACGCAGCGCGGAGCUGUGACGCCGAGGCUACAGCUGCGGCGCUGCAGGCAUCGGCCACAGCACUGCGGGCUGAUUUGGACGAGGCGCGGCGCCAGUUGGACACCGUGUCGGGCGGUCACGCGCUGGCCGAGAUGGCUGCCGCAUUUGAUGCGCGGCUGGAUGAGCUCCAAGGAGAACUGGCAGCAGCGAGGCGGGGUGCGAGUGGCAUGAUCGCACAAGCAGGCGAAGAAGCAGGCGACGAUGCAGGUGGCGAGGCUGAGAAGAGCUUUGUUCAGGAUCUCGGCGCCUACCUUGCUCCGGCGUUGUUCGAGCUUGGUGGAGACGAGACCGAGGUCGGUGCAGACGAGACGCAGGCUGUGGUCCAGCCUGACGAAACUAGCCAGAGCAUCAGCUUCUCAGGCCGCACGGUCUUUGAGCAGCCUGCUGUUGCCGAAGCCGCUGCGCAAACCGAGGCCACUGACCGGCGCGAGUCUGAGACUCAGACCGAGGAGCAGGUGGAGGCGGUGGCACAGGCCUCGGCCAAGGCGUCCCCGCAGCUUGCAGCGGCGAUUGCUGAGGUUCGGUCGUUGACAAACACCAACGCGCGGCUGGUGCACGAGCUGCACACAGCGCAAGCCGAGGUGCGUUCGGCGCGGGCCGGGCAUGACACGGCUCUCGAUGAGAUGCGGCGGUCGCUCGAGGCGGUGGAGGCGCGGCUGGCGGACAUGGCGGCAGCGUACACCGAGCUCCGCGACGAACACUCUGCGCUCCAGCACCGGCACGCCCUUUUGAGUGAGAAGCACCACGCGACGCUCGAGCAGCACCGCGAAGCACUACUGGCGCUCAAGGACUCGGCGCCGCACAUCGCGUUCGAGACGCUGCGCGAGGAGAUUGUCGCGCUCCACGCAUCGUACGUCCGCGACAAGCGGGCGCUGGAGCGCAAGCUUCGCAAGCGCAGUGCGGCUGGCGGACCGGGCGUUCGCGACGUGGUGCCGGACGAUGUUGAGCCGUGGGCCAACGAGAGCCACGAGCUCGAUACCACGGCUGGCCUCGACCACACCGCUUUCCUCAUCCGGCCAUCGCCGUCGCCUGUUCGGUAG